UCAACUGUUCACUUCAUAAUUUCUCACACUCACAUGAUGAUGAUGUUGGAGUUGUUUAUCCUAAUGAUAUUCUUUACAGUAACGCUUUCAGAUACUGGGAGUGUCAUUACAGUGAAUAAAGUGUCUGUACAACAAGAAAAGUCCAUCAUCAUUCCAUGUUUCUAUAAAGCACAAUAUGUCAACGCACCAAAGUACCUGUGUUUUGGAAAAAUCUGGGGUCUUUGCAAAAAUGUUAUGGAAAUAAAUCCUGAAAAGGUGUCCAUCUCGGAUGACCAAACCCAGCAUAUAUUUACUGUGACUAUCAAGAACGUAACAACUAGUGAUUCUGGUCUUUACUGGUGUUCUAUUGAAAUUCAUGGCUUUGAUAAAAAGAAAGAAUUUAAACUAAACGUCAGUAAAGCUACUCCUGAACUUUAUGUAGAUCAUCAGAUGGUAACUGGAUAUGAAGGCGGCCAUAUUGUCAUUUCCUGCCAUCAUUCAACCAUGAAACCACAAAAAUGGUGUAAGAUUGAUGGUGCAUGUGUGAACACUAAUGGAAGCAUAAACGGCACCGUGGUUCAGCUCAGCAGUAUGGACAGAGGUUUUAGGGUGACCAUGAGUGAGCUAACGAUGGCCAGUACAGGAUGGUACUGGUGCUCUGCUGGAGAUGAACAGAUGCCUGUCCACAUCACUGUCCAGAAGAACCCUGGGAGAAUGUCAUUUGUAUGGCUGAUAAUUUUGGGGUUGCUGCUUUUAUUAACCCUUAUGGCUGUGAUUGUGUUCAUGCAACAUAAACUGAAAUGUGUAACAUUUUCAGUCCAUCAGAGGCAUGAAAACAUGUAUGUAAGCAUGAAGAAACCAAAUCCACAAACAAAGCAAAAUGAAGGUGAAAAUGAUGAAACUCAAGAUUAUGAAAUUAUGUCCAGGCCUAAACAAGCACUGAAGGUUCAAGGGUGGAACCAUGAAGACAAUAAAUCACUAAAAAAAGAUGGCGGUCACGUUCACAAAGAUAUUCUCAAAGAUCCUUACUGCGUCUGCUGAAUGCAAUUCAGUUCAUUUCAAUAAAUUUGACAAUAUAAGGUUGAAGUAAAUGUAUACAAUGUUUCAAAAGCAAAUGUAAAUGUGUACAGUUGUCCAUUAUCGGAUUCACCAAAAUUGUAUUUGUACUCGCUAGCCACUUCAUUAGGUACACAUGUUCAUUUGCUCGUUAUUGCGAAUAUCUAAUCAGCCAAUCUCUUAGCAGCACCUUUCUGAUGAAGUUUAAUUUAAAACGGCUAAAUGGGUAAAAACAGUGAUUUAAGUGACUUUCAACUUAGCAUGGCUGCUUGUGUCAGAAUGGCUGGUCUGUGUAUUUCAGAAACGGCUGAUCUACUGGAAGUUUCACAAACAACCAUUUCUAGGGUUUACAGAAGAUUGUCUGAAAAAGAUAAAAGAUCGAGUGAGUGGCAGUCUACUGGGAAAAAAUGUCUUGUUCGUGCCAGUAUUUAGAAAAGAAUGACCAGACUACUUUGAGCUGAAAGAAAGCCAACUACAUUUCUCAAAUAACAUCUUGUUACAACGGAGGUAUGCUGAAGACCAUCUCUGAAUGUGCAAAACAUUUAACCUUGAAGCAGAGGGCUACAAUUCGCAUGGGCUCACCAAAGUUUAACAAUAGAGAAUUGGAAACAUUUUGCCUUGUCUGAUAAAUUUUGGAUCCAUGCUGCCUUGUAUCAAUAGUUCAGGGUGAUGGUGGUGUAACAGUGUAAGGGGUUGUUUUCAAGUCCAUCCCUUUAAGAUUUUAGCGUAACAACGCUCAAUUUGAAUUGAUUUCUUGAACAUGACAGUGUGUUUGCUGAACUCAAACAAGGACUUUAAUGAAUCUAUGCCACGAAGAAUUAAGGCGGUUCUGAAGGCAAAUAGGGCUCCAACCCAGUACUACAAAGUGUGCCUAAUAAAGUGGCCAGCAAGGUUUUAUCAAAUAUUUUUCAAAGAACAAACAUAUCAACAGAAUGAAUAUUUGAUAAUGCACUAAACUCUAGUCAUAACACAGCAUACUGCUGCUUCAUAACUUAUUUAAUAUGUUUUUUUUUUAUCUUUGCCUCUAAUCUUAUGGCUCAAGGCAAGUGCCUCUGUGCUUAGUGUUUAAGAGACCUCUUUGGAUACAGUAUGCUGUGCUUUAAUACUGAAUGUGAUGACUUAUUUUUCCUCAUGAAUGUUCAGGAGAACACUUCACCGAGCUUUAUUGAACACCACUAUGCGUUGUUCACAACAUGUAAUUGUACAACAUUUUUAAUUUUGCAAUUUGUACUUGCUCCUCAAGGGGGCCUCAGUGAUGUUUGUUAAGUUAAAAUUGAGUAUGAUAUGUAACUGAUGUGUACAGCUGAUGUAAAUAUAUUGUCUAAACUAGCAUUAGUCUAUAUUAUUAGGUUAUGAUUUCACCUAUUCUAUAAUUAAGUACUUUGCAUAAUUUCUUGCUUCAUUUACAUUGACUUUAAUAUAUGUGUUUGCCACGUGAUUAAUAAUAAUGUAAAUUAAAGUUCAUGAAAAAAAUGUAUAUAUUUUGUUAUAUACCAUUACUUGUUCUGAAUUGUUUGUGUGUUAUAUUGACUUUUGUACCACAGUGUUGACAUUCUCAAAUCUGAAUUUUCUAUAUCUGUAAUAUAAAACACAGGUUUAUACUGCAGGGGCAUUUCCACAGCAACAGCUCAUUCACAGGAAUGUGUAUAGUGGAUUCUGGACAUAAUCAAUGUCAUUAACUUU